AAUAGGAUAUUAAGUUGAGACAGCGUGACCGACACUAUUUUGAUCCGGAUUGCGAGAAGCUCAUCCGCCGGACCAACGCACCGGUCGAUGGAGAAGUGCGCAGCCAUGGCGACGAGCUCGAACCUAGUGAGAACUAGCAUGUCUCUGUGCCCUAAAGCCUGUCGUGCGCGUUAUCAUCGGCAAGCCUCUCCCCCGGGCUUCUCGCCUCCUUUACUUCUGCGCCCUUCCUUUGGCAUCUACCGUAGCAACAAAAGAGUUGGCGGGGAAGGAACUGGCGGGGUUAUGGAAGUGCGAUCGAUGUCCUCUUCUUCCGCUCCCUCUUCGUCGUCCUCCUUCGGGGCGCGGCUUGAGGAGACGGUGAAGAAGACGGUGGCGGAGAAUCCGGUCGUCGUCUACUCCAAGACAUGGUGCUCGUACUCGAUGGAGGUGAAGGCGUUGUUCAAGCGAAUUGGAGUGGAUGCCCUCGUCAUCGAGCUUGACCAGCUAGGUCCUCAAGGUCCGCAACUACAAAAAGUCUUGGAAAGACUUACGGGACAAUUUACAGUUCCUAAUGUUUUUAUCGGGGGAAAGCAUAUUGGUGGUUGUACAGAUACUGUAAAGCUUUACCGCAAAGGAGAGCUCACUCCCAUGCUAUCAGAACUAAACAUCAACACAAAGAGAUUGCAACAGCCUUAGCUGAGAAGUCCAGGUUUGCAAAAUAAUUUUAUUAAGUGGGUGCUCAUAUGUAUUGAUUUUUUAUGAUUUUCCUUUGUAUGAUAACCUUUUACCCCGUACAAUUAAACUAUUCAGUCCAUGUUAGUCUUGUAGGACAGUGGAGAGAUUAUUCUGUGCGGCAUUUGACCGGAGGCAAAUUCAGACAUGUCACAUCACCGAAUACAUUGGGCCCCCGGUGACGUGGCAUAUGGAUUCGCCUCCGGACGCCACACAGAAUAAUUUUUCUCUUGAAAAUCCCGAAGUUUAGU